CCUCGCCCCCUUGUGGCCAAGCGGAAGUGUACUCGUAUCUCUCAGUGCAGAGGCAUUCGCUCGAUAAUGCUGUUUAAUUCAUGUAACGCGGACAGAAAAUCAACCGAAAUGCGCGCAGAUUUGCACGGCAUCAAGUGCGCUCAGUGUGGAGGAGCAGGAGUGCGGAAGUGAGGUUCCUCGGCCCGGUUCUCUGCGGCCAGAGGCAAAUGGGCUGCGAUAUUCUUCAGUCGAGUAGUCACGGGAAACCGCUGGAAAAACACACAGUCUGCGCUGCGCCGUUUCUGUUUGAAGCGACCGUGACUCGGGCGCAGUAAGAAGAUCCCGCAGGGGGCACGAGCUACAUGUGACACACUUCUGUGAAUUAUUUAAUAUCUUUGCGCCCAGCGAUACACGCCGACACGAACGACAUCCAACAAAAAAUUACAAAUGGAGGACUGGGAAUGAGCAUGCGUAUGGUGGGAAACGAAGAAAUGUGCGUUGGGGCCGCAAUAGAGGCGACGCUGUGCUGAGCGAGCGGCCCGGAGAGUCAUGCGGCGGUGGGGGAGGAUCGGAGCAGGGAGCUCGCAGCGCAUUUCACGUUUCGCAAUAACUUUAAUACCCCACAGCGAAGGGCUCUAACAUGACAACAGGCCAGGGGGUAAAAACUUAGCACACACUGUGUUAUGCGCUUUUACGCAAAGUCGCGGCUUCUCUUGGUGCGGUAAGAGUCGACACGGGCAGCUAAUUAGUUCUCAACUUUGCCAAUCUGGAGUUUAAUUGGAGUCUGAUACGAUCCUAGAUCUAUAAAAAAAAAGUUAUAAGACUUUGCGCUGAUGUCGUAAACAUUGGCAUAUUGGGCAAACAAGAUAAAUUGGACGAAAAGUAGACUGUAUAUGUUCUCUGCGAUGAUCUAAUUUACGCCGAAUAACCGGGGGCUAUAUCGACGCACCUCCCAUGACUUGAUUUUCCACUGAUUCCCAUCUCGCCCCAAAUGGCAUCGUUCCCCGAUUCCGACGUGCAGACUUGUCCGCUGUGUAAGGAGCUGUGUGGCUCCUCUGCUCCGAUCUCCUCCAGUUCAUCUACCUCCUCCUCGUCAUCGCAGACCUCCAACUCGUCUACUACCUCGUCCUCACGAAGGCUGCACGUCCUGCCGUGCCUGCACGCCUUCUGCAGGUCGUGCCUGGAGAGCCUGAGGAGCAACGGAGACCCGCUAAAGCUCCGCUGCCCUACUUGUGACCAAAAAGUACCCAUGUCCGAGUCGGGCGUAGAUGCGCUGCCCUCGUCCAACUUCCUGUUCAGCAACUUGCUGGACGUGGUGGUGUCCGCCGAGGAUCAGGGCACGAGCAGCUGCAUAGGGAGCGGGGGUCUUCUCCGUGCCCAGCACGUGCUCUCGGAGCCGCAGUGCAGCUCGUGCGAUGAAGGUAACGGCGCGAGCUCGCACUGCCUCGACUGCCAGGAGUACCUGUGCGACAAUUGCGUGCGCGCACACCAGCGCGUCCGUCUCACCAAAGACCACUUCAUCGAGAGCCUGGCGGAGAACCUGCACAUGCCGGGACGCACCGGGGGCCACGGCGCAACGCUCAGCCUCUCCCAGGCAUUCCACAACUUCUCACUGCUUCCGGUUUUCCAGGACAGAAUGGACUACUGUCAGCAGCACGACAACGCGGUGCUGCGAUUUUUCUGUGAGAGUUGCUCUGUGCCCAUCUGUAGGGAGUGCAGUGUGGGGAGACAUGUGGGCCACAGUGUGUCUUACCUGCAGGAUGUGCUGCAUGACUCCAGAGCGCUCACCAUCCAGCUGCUCGCAGAUGCACAGCAGGGACGACAGGCCGUGCAGCUAAGCAUUGAGAAAGCACAAGCCAUUGCUGAGCAGGUGGAACUGAAGGCCAAGGUGGUGCAGUCAGAGGUGAAGACCACCACGCUGCGUCACAAGAAAGCCCUGGAGGAGCGUGAGUGUGAGCUGCUGUGGAAGUUGGAAAAAAUCCGCCAAGUGAAGGCCAAGUCCCUGUACCUUCAGGUAGAGAAGCUUCACCAGAACCUCACCAAACUGGACAGCACCAUUGCCACAGUGACAAAAGUGCUAGAGGAAGGUCGCAACAUAGACAUCCUACUGGCGCGUGAGCACAUGCUGAAUCAACUGCAGGAGCUCAAAGCAUUGCGCUGCAUUCUGCAGCCCCAAGAGGACGACCGCAUCAUGUUCACACCACCAGAUCAGGCUCUUCUGAUUGCCAUCCAGUCCAUGGGCCUGAUAAGCAGUGGAGCCUUCGCAUCAGCCACCAAAGCCCAUGGAGAAGGUCUCAAGAGGGCUUUGCAGGGAAAAGUAGCUUCCUUCACGGUAGUGGCAUAUGACCAUGAUGGAGAACCAAGGUUGUCUGGUGGAGAUGGUGUAUCAGUGGUCUUGAUGAGUCCAGAGGGAAGCCUCUCCAGUGCCGAUGUGUCUGACCACCAGGAUGGCACCUACACAGUUAGCUACCUAGCUAAGAGUGAAGGUGAGCAUCUUCUUUCUGUGCUUAUCUGCAACCAGCACAUUGAAGGAAGUCCCUUCAAAGUCAUGGUCAAAUCUGGCCGCAGCUACGGAGGUAUUGGUCUGCCUGUUGCAUCCUUUGGUGGAGAGGGUGAUGGGGAUGGACAGCUGUGUCGACCCUGGGGCAUCUGUGUUGAUAAGGAAGGCUAUGUGAUUGUGGCUGACCGAAGCAACAAUCGCAUACAGAUCUUCAAGCCAUGUGGCACCUUUCACCACAAAUUUGGCACUUUGGGUUCACGACCUGGCCAGUUUGACCGACCUGCCGGAGUUGCCUGUGACAGCCAGAGAAGAAUCAUUGUGGCUGACAAGGACAAUCACCGCAUCCAGAUAUUCACCUUUGAUGGCCAGUUCCUCCUAAAGUUUGGUGAAAAGGGAACCAAAAAUGGGCAGUUCAACUACCCCUGGGAUGUAGCUGUCAAUUCGGAGGGAAAGAUUCUGGUCUCAGACACGCGCAACCACCGGGUUCAGCUGUUCGGCCCUGAUGGGGUGUUCAUCAACAAGUAUGGUUUCGAAGGGGCCCUUUGGAAGCAUUUCGACUCCCCUCGAGGAGUCGCCUUCAACCAGGAAGGUCACCUAGUGGUGACUGACUUCAACAAUCAUCGGCUGCUCGUCAUUAGGCCUGACUGCCAGUCUGCACGCUUUCUUGGCUCUGAGGGAACAGGUAACGGGCAGUUCUUGCGUCCACAAGGCGUAGCCGUGGACCAGGAGGAUCGCAUUAUCGUGGCUGACUCCCGUAACCAUCGUAUUCAGGUGUUUGAACCCAAUGGCAACUUCUUAUGCAAGUUUGGGACUCAGGGUAGUGGCUUUGGGCAGAUGGAUCGCCCAUCAGGUAUAGCCGUUACCCCUGACGGAAUGAUUGUAGCCGUUGACUUUGGAAACAAUCGAAUCCUCAUUUUUUGAGCUAGUGUUCAAGGUUAGAAAUAUAUGGUGGCUGAGGAGGAAAAAGAUAAGGUUUAGGUACACGAUUAUCAGGAGCAAACAUGGCUGAAUGUUGAAAAUGUGGCAGCAAUGUGUAGAUUAUUUUGUACCCAUCUAUAUCUAUUUAUCCUGAUUGUAGUAUGAUUUGCGCUGCUGGCGGAAGUGUUCAUCUCGUGCACACGCCAUUUAUCAAAGAGAAGGAGUAGAGCAAAAAGACUGGUUGCUAGUAGUGUUACUAUUUUGCUCUUGAUCUGAGUCUUGAAAUCUUUAUUUGUCUGAUUUUUUUUCUCAGGGAAUUUCCAGCAUUCUUGAAACAUUUUUCUCUCUCUGCAUUAUACCUACCUCAUCUAGCUUGUGUAUGAAUGUAUUCUCUUGUGUGUGCAGUGUCUGUGAAGUUUUAUAAAGAUGUCUACCUCAGUGCUAUUUUUAUUUGUCAGAGAACAUAACAUAAGAAAUGAAGCAAUGUUUGGUUGAUAUUUGCACAGUUCGCACAAAUUUCUCCUGAUUGUUACUGUGCACAUAACACCGGUAGGACCCCUGAAUGUUUGAUUACAGUGACGCAGUAAGGCCAGGGCUGCAUGUCUGCGGAAACAUUUGGAUAAUGUUUGGAUAAGUCUACUGUUUUGUGUUAUGUUUUGGAAUCUGUUUUCAUUUGUCGUACCUCAUCUAAACUUCUUACCUCAUAACCUAAAUGUACCUCUGUGUACAAAUGCCUCAUUGUACAUACCUCACUUUGUGUUGUUUCCUUUAAAGAUUUGUAAUUCUCCCAAAAAUGCGUGUUGGCUUAUAGGAUGGCUAGUAAUGCUUUUUUUCUGAAUUACUGGUAGGUGUGUUAGUAUAGAUUUAAGCCCAGAUUUUGCGCAAUGCAGGAAACUGCUUGCUCCCUUUUCUGAAAAUGUUUUACAAAUGUUCUAGAAAAAGGGCAGAGAUAGUUGUGUAAAGAUUUGAGUCUUUCUUGGGGGGGGACCUGGGAUAGAAUUGAAUCAUCCCAUUUUUGGUUAUCUCUGUAUGUCUUGUGUAUUUUUUUUUUUUUCUUU